AUGCUCAGAUUGAAUACUCUUGGUGUGCGUAUGGCUGCACGUAAAAGACCAUCUAACAUCUUACUUAUAAAUCCAAUUAAAGGGUUCGGUAAAAUGAGAUUCCAAACGAGACUUCAAACUACAAAAGCAACGAAGCCAGAGGGAAAAAAAGCCACGGGUAUAAAGGCACUUGUCAAAGAAUAUGGAUAUUCAGCACUAGGUGUUUACCUAGCUUUAACGGCCAUUGAUUUACCAAUUUUUUAUAUCUUGGUCCAUUCUAUGGGAAAAGAUGAAAUCGAGUAUUACGAGAACAGAGUUAAGCAAACUUUUGGAUACGGAGUUAGCGACGAAGAAUUGAAGAAAAGGCAGGAGAUCAAUAAAAUUCAUGAAGAAAUAAGCGCAAAAAAUGAACCCGAAAUACAAGAGAAGAAUCCCAGUUUACUUCACCGUAUUCUUCAAUCAUUUUCUUGGACCGAAUUCGCUAUUGCUUACGGGAUUCAUAAGUCAUUUAUAUUUAUUAGAUUGCCCAUAACUGCUGCGAUCACACCGAGUAUUGUGAAGUCAUUAAGAGGUAUGGGUUUUAAAAUUGGUACUCAUAAUUUGUCUGCAACUGCUUCAAUUGCGAAAAGUAACAUUAAAGACUUCACAGCCUCUAGUCCUAAUUUUGGAACUAGGCCAAACAAGAAAAAGAAGUGGUUCAGUUGGUUCUUUUAA